AUGCAGCUGCCAUGGGGCGGCCGCGACGGUCCGGGCAAUGACACCUUGCUUCCGACAUCCAAUAUCCCAUCCAUCACCGGACAUAUAGGCGACAACACCACUUCCAAAGACGGCGACCACUCGCACCGCCCUCGUCACCAUGCCCGAACUACUUCUUCUGAUGCACGGAAUGUCGCAGAUCAUUUCUCCUAUAUGACCCCAAGCGAAGCUGCAGCGAAUCUACGAACGUCCCUUACUCUCGGCCUCACUCCAAACGAGGCCUUGACCAGACUCGGCGAUUACGGUCCCAACGAAAUUCCUCACGAACCCCCAGAGCCAUUGUGGCUGCGAUUCAUCAAACAGUUCCAAGAGCCCCUUAUCCUGCUCCUCCUAGUAUCGGCUGGUACCUCACUCCUCCUGGGGAACACAGACGAUGCUAUCAGCAUCACUGUUGCGGUUACCAUUGUCGUAUCUGUUGGCUUUGUACAAGAGUACCGUUCUGAGAAGUCCAUCGAAGCUCUGAACCAUCUUGUGCCGAAUCAUGCCCAUCUGGUUCGGGGCCAGGGCAAGGUGUCGCCAACAGGAAAGACUCCAACAUGGCCUCCGCGUGUUGAUGACGAGGACUCUUCUUUGACUCCCGGAUCUGUCACCCCGGUUGGAGAUAUAUUGGAUGCGACUUCUUCCAAAGUUAUGGCUUCACAGUUGGUUCCCGGCGAUCUUGUUCUUUUCACCACUGGCGAUCGCAUUCCUGCCGAUAUCCGCGUUACAAAAGCUGCCGAUUUGACAAUUGAUGCAUCGAAUCUUACCGGUGAGACUGAACCUGUCCGAGUAACGGCUGAAGCACGCAGCCGUGGCUUUGGCGGUUACGGCCUUGACAAGAACGAGCUGCCACGGCCCGCAUCCCUUGCCCCAGCCGAGCAUGGCGAUUCUCACGGAGAUGGUAUUCACAACAUUGCGUACAUGGGAACUUUGAUCAAGUCCGGUCAUGGUCAAGGUAUCGUCUUUGCGACUGGAGGACACACGCAUUUCGGCACCAUCGCUACGAGUGUUUCUGGCACCGAGAGUCCGCGUUCUCCACUUCAAUUAUCGAUGGACGAUCUUGGCUCGCAGCUCAGCAAAGCUUCAUUCGUAGUGAUUGGUCUUAUUUCGAUCGUUGGAUGGCUUCAAGGAAAGAAGCUCUUGGAGAUAUUCACCAUUUCGAUUUCGCUUGCUGUUGCUGCUAUUCCCGAAGGCCUGCCCAUCAUUGUCACUGUCACCUUGGCUCUUGGAGUGCAUCGCAUGGCUAGGCACAAUGCGAUUGUGCGAAGGAUGCCCAAGGUUGAGACGUUGGGAUCUGUGAACGUAGUUUGCACUGACAAGACAGGCACUCUUACUACGAACCAUAUGACGACCACCCGCAUGUGGUAUUUUGGAGCCCAAGAACCGGUUGAGGUUGAGUCUGAUAAUGAAGAUGUGGGAUCCAGUAUGGAAUCCAACCAAGCUACUCUGCGUGUUCUCCGCAUAGGCAACAUUGCCAACGAUGCGCGACUUGCUCAAAAGUACACCGAACAUGGUCAGGCUGCCACAGCCGUCCUGUCUUCUACCCUUGGCCGCGACCAAGUAUCUACUUAUACUCGUUGGGUUGGACAGCCGACCGAUGUUGCUAUGCUUGACCUCCUUGAUCGCUUCAAAGAGCACGAUGUCAGAACAUCUAUUGGUCCGCGAGUCAGCGAAACGCCUUUCAGUUCGGAGAGAAAGUGGAUGGGUGUUACAAUUGGUUCAGAAACAAAGAGCGACAAGGAAUAUGCGUAUAUGAAGGGCUCUAUCGAAAAGGUAUUGGCAGCAUGCGACACCUAUCUUGAGAAGGACGGAAGGGAGAUAGUGCUUGACUCGUCGCGCCGCCAAGAGGCUCUUCAGGCUGCUGAGGCCAUGGCUGUCAAGGGCCUGCGGGUGUUGGCAUUCGCGAGCGGCCAUGUCUCGCGUACAGCGAGAAACAAGUCUACUGCGCGCAGUACUCCUGGUUUUGACCGAAGCGAGAGUCCUUCCUCUCAUGCUCCAGAGGAUAUCUACAAACAUCUAACUUUCGCCGGUCUUGUUGGUAUGCGCGAUCCUCCUCGGCCUGGAGUUGGGCGUUCAAUAAGACGUCUGAUGCGUGGCGGUGUCAAGGUCAUCAUGAUUACCGGCGAUGCUGAAACUACGGCGCUUGCAAUUGGAAAACAAUUGGGCAUGACUAUCGCGGCACCUAUAGGUCACACAGGCAGUCAGAAUUCUGUGAAGCCUGUCCUACGUGGUGAUGAGGUUGAUAGGAUGUCUGAAGCGGAUCUAGCACAGGCCAUGGAACAUACAACGAUAUUUGCACGAACAAACCCGGACCACAAGCUGAAGAUCAUUCGGGCCCUACAGUCAAGAGGCGAUAUCGUUGCCAUGACUGGAGAUGGUGUCAACGAUGCGCCGGCACUCAAGAAAGCCGAUAUUGGUAUCUCUAUGGGCCGUCACGGAACUGAUGUUGCCAAAGAAGCAGCAGAUAUGAUCCUGACGGAUGAUGACUUUUCCACAAUCCUUCGAGCAAUUGAGGAGGGCAAAGGUAUCUUCAACAACAUCCAGAACUUCCUCACCUUCCAACUCAGCACAAGCGCUGCCAGUUUGGCUCUUGUUUUUAUCUGCACCUGCUUCGGCUUCAAGUCCCCCUUGAAUGCCAUGCAGAUUCUGUGGAUUAACAUCAUCAUGGAUGGUCCUCCUGCUCAGUCUCUAGGCGUCGAAAAGGUUGAUCCUGAUGUGAUGACCAAACCCCCGCGUAGACGAGGAGAUCCUGUACUUACGCGAAAGCUUAUUCAACGUGUGCUCACAUCGGCUGCCAUCAUUACUGUCGGGACAAUGCUCAUCUACCGUCGUGAAAUGGUGGCCGACGGUCAGGUGACUCGACGAGAUACCACCAUGACAUUUACAUGCUUCGUCUUCUUCGACAUGUUUAACGCUUUGAGUUGCCGAUCUGAGUCCAAGUCGAUCCUCCGGGGCGAAGUUGGAGUCUUUUCUAACAACCUGUUUAACUGGGCCGUUGCUCUCAGCAUUGCUGGCCAGUUACUUGUCAUCUACUUCCCCUGGCUCCAGGAGACCUUCCAGACUGAAGCUCUUGGAUUUUUCGAUCUUGUUCGGCUUGUUUUUCUAUGCAGCACGGUGUUUUGGGCGGACGAGCUGCGAAAAUAUCUUAAGUACGGGAAACGGCGUUUUGGUAAUGGAUACAGUCAAGCGGUGUGA